CGGAAGGACACCACAAGGCAAAUAAUAGGUCCACCCUCACACCACACACAGACACAGACACACACACUUGUCCGUGCAGCCAGGGAGGGGGGAGGCAGGCAGCAUACAGAUGCAUCCACUUGACACAGUCAGGCAUAUCAAUCCACCCACCUAACCUCCCUCCCACACCGCCCACCCACCUCAACCGCCCAUACAUAUGUAUCCACACACAGGACCCACUCACUCAUCCACCGGCCUGCCGGGGGCAGCUGUACACAAACACACACACGCCCCGCCAACAGUGCGCUGCGCACCAGAGAGCGAGACGAGACCAACAAAAGCAGACAGACAAAAGUGUAAGGAAGUGACAUCUGUCUGGAGGAAUGGAUGGAUGUGGCUAGGCAGUGAGUGGGCGAGAAAUGCGCAAAAGCAACCGAUGUCUGUAUGUCUGUCUGUCUUGUCUACGGAUGGACAACGGCACGGCAGCUCUCACUCAUCCACCCACCCACCCAUCCCCACCCACCCAGGAUGGAUGCUCCAAAACAGCGCCACGCCAGACGCUCCCCUCGCUCUACUAACCCUCCCUCCGUCCCUGGAUGGUGUGUAUGCGUGUAUGAAUGUUUAUCCUAUUUUGAGUGCUGGCCUCUCCUUGCUGAGCUCUCUCGUGAGCCUCCUCUUCUCGGCUCUCUCGCCCUGUGUGGCCAUCUGGCUGGUCUUGCGCUCCACCGACAUGACAGACGCACCGGGGCUCACCUCGAUCUCCUGCACAGCCUGCGGCAACGACGGACGACGCUUCGAACCCUACACACACACACACACACAAAGGUUGGUAUACAUACACUUGGCGGUCUCUCUCUGUUGCGCUAGCGCUCUCUGUCUGUCUGUCUGUCUGUCUGUCUGUGGAUGGGGUGUGUGUGUCUGCGGGUGUCUUGCUUACGAUGCCGAACCAGCCGCCCCCGGUCUUCUCAUAGAAGCUAGCCUUGACGAAGUUGAGGAACUUGAGCGAGGCCAUCCAUCCGCAGUUGUUGACGAGCCAGAGGGGCACGGACCCCUUGAGGUCGAUCUGCAUCAGCGCGUCCGCCUCGGUGCUGCUCUUGUCACCGCCCAUCGGACGGAUGCGCAGAAACAGGCACUGGCAGUGCGCCUGCAGGUGGUUCGCAGGCACCUCCAGCAAAUGAUUGUACUGAAUGAACCAACCAACGCACAGACAGGGGGCCAAGGGAGAGAGGGGGGAAUUGAAUGGGUGUGGUGUGGUGUGGUGUGGGGUGGGGUGGUGUGGGUGUUUGUCGGGGGCUGGCUGACCUUUUCGGUGCCGUCGGAUGUCCAGAGCAUCUGGUACUCGUCGCCAUUCUUCUUGACGUCGAUCAUGAACAGCAACAGAUCCCUGCACACACACAGUACAGACACACACACACACCAUAGACAGGAGAUGAAACACACGACCAGACCACGGCCGGGGUGGGGUGUGCGGUGCGCAUCCCACCACACACCGACGUACCUUGGUGCGACCCAUCUGGAGACGAAUCUGCAUUUGAGCAGUGGGUAUCCGUCGUAGUGUGCGAUGUACUCGAGCAGCUGGCAGUUGAGGAACCAAUCGGGCCAGCGCAACGCCGCCAUCCGCUGGUGCGCUGCCCACGUCGGCACGUCCUUCAACGCCGAAGUCACCUGCAGUCAGUGCACCGCACACAGACGGACAGAUAGAUAGACAGACACGCACAGUAGACGGACGGAAGGAAGCGAAACGGUGCGCGUCGGGUGGUGAGUGUGGCUACCUGUGGUGUGUCAUGUGAACCUCCUUACCUUGAACAUGGGCAUGACGCCGGCCUCGUCCUGUAUCUUCCUGUAGACGAAGAGUGGGUCCUUGGGCUUGACCUUGACGGCCUGCCACACCCCCGGCGUCUCCACCAUCUUGAUCGCCGCCGCCACUUUCUCCGCACCCCAGUCCUUGGUGGUCACGUCGGGCGACGACACCGACUGCCGACGGUCGCCAGUAUACACGCCGCUCGGGACGCUGUUGUUGGGCGCCGCUGGCGCCUCCUGGCUCGUCCCGGCGGGAAUGGCAGCAGGCGACGCCUGCAGAUGGGAUGCCACCGCACUGACGGGCCGCCGCGAGGCGGGCGACUCCCCCUGCAGGGCGUCUGGUGGUGGGUUUGUGUCGAGAGCAUUGCGGAUGUCCUCGAUGGCGCCGCCGACUAUCUCUUCUAGGUCCACCACGUUGAGAUACACCGGUCCUUGAGGCGACUGGAUGGAGAAGAGGGAGGAGUGGGUCGGGGAGGAGUUGGUGGAGGCCUCGGCGAUGGUGAUGGCAGGCACGUCUUUGGGCUGGUCGUCACCCAUCUUGCUUGAAAUACUAGAAAAGAUGACGCUCCUCC